GGGAGGGAGUGAGAUAGAGAGUUACCGUUGUCAAGGUAAACAUGUAAACUGUUGAAUUCGCUUGGCUUGACCUACAGACUUAAAAAUUAAUUUUUUUUUACCAAACCUUGACCUUCACAUCUCCCACCAAAAAUGUCUGUGAAUGACUCACCAAUAGAUGACAAAUUCUUUGAGAGCAACAUAGAAGAAAACCAAUCUGAAGAAUCAGAUAUAUUUGAUUCUGAUAACAACUCAGAUCACAGUUAUACCACAGAAGUACAAAAGAUGGGUUCUAUGGAUGGUGAACAAGCAUCAAAGAGUGUCCCAAUGAACAGCAACUCCCAGCCAGCAACUGUAGACAACAGCAAUCCUAAGAUGAAGACAACCUCUGACCUUCUAAAGGAAGCUGAAAGUAAUGGAAAAAAAUACAUUGCUGCUGGAAUGAUAAAUGAAGCCAUUCAUGAAUUUAUACGGGCUAUGACAUUGACAAGAGUGAUAUUCGGUUCCAUGCACUGGCAGCUGGCUGCCAGUUAUGUUUCAUUAGCUGAAGCCUACCUUCUAGGAAAAGGUUUCACUGCCCAGGCAGAAUACCAUUCUGAGAGAGCGAAAUCUUUGAUGCUUGAUUCCAAUAUCCACAUUGCUACUAAUAAUACAGGCAAGUUGUCCAUGUACAACAUGCUUGUUAAUUUACACCACAUAUUGGCUGUAACAAAAUGCUCAGGGAAAAGAUAUGAGGAAAGUGAGAAAAACCUUCUGAAAGCAGAAUGUUUUCUCGAAAAUUUGAAGAAAUUACCGUCUUCAGAUUCAAAGCUUGUUCAGAUGUGGGCCAUUAAACUGACUCUUGAUUUUGCACAACUUUACAGCAAACAGAAGAAACAGACAGAGGCUGAAGAUUCUUACAAACAAGUUGUCGAACUUAUUGAGGCAGCACAUGGAGAAGGAAGUCCGCAGUUAAUAACGCUCUAUUUAGACUGGGGCAGAUUUGUACAACAGGGUGGUAAGCGUGCCAAUUUCCAUCAGAGCAUCAAGCUAUUCCAGAAGGCACAUUCCAUUGCGAUUGCCAAUCGGAAUCAAAAUGAACUGAUAAACACUAAUUUGAUGUUGGCCCAAACUUAUAUGCUUCUGGCUGAAGAUGAUGCGUAUGUGUCUGCUGAAACAUAUCUCAGAGAAUGUUUGUCAAUCAGUAAUGCUGUACAUGGAGAAAAGCACCAUAAAACAUUGACUGUGGAGGAUGAACUGGUGAGAGUUUUACUAAAGACAAAUCGUCGCCAGGAGGCUUUAAAGAUACUUCAGUCGGGGAUCACCAGGAAGUGCACUGUACAUGGUUAUUAUUCAGAGAAGGUUAGCAAUGCCCAUAGUCUUAUUGCAUCAGUGCAUCUAGCAGAUGGUGAUAUUGUUAAAGCUUUGAAAUCUCAUCAGCAGUGCUUUGAGAUCCAGAAAUUUGUUUUGGGACCCAAACACAAAAAGACCAUCGAUUCAAAGAGCACAAUUGAUAUCCUGAAGACAAACAUUUCCCUCCCACCAAAAUUAUUUUCACCUUAAUACAAGCUGUACAACUUUAACUCUCAACGAAGGUUUAAUAACGUAAUUUAAUUAAUAAACGAUGC